AUGGCUGAGCGGCUUACCGAGGAGAACCUUUUCGUUCUUCGUCCACAGAACCCAGACGUUUCUGAAGAGACUGUUUUUGACCAGGAAUUGCUCGACAAGGCCUCGAACCAGGACCUCCUAUCAUGCACAUAUACACUAUUAAAGGGCCAGAAACUCUCCAAGGCAGAGGCAUUGACCUUAUGGGAGCUUCGCUUGGUGCUCUUGAUGUUUGGAAACCAGCUUGCUGCGGCUAGAAGAGAGGCGGUGAACUUGAACAAUGCCUUGUACUUGCUGGAGAACCCUACGGCUGCUCCACCGCAACAAAGUAUUCCUAGACCGCAAAUUGGACGGAGUGAUUCUACGGCUAGUCGGAGACUGGGCUCUUCUCCGGGGCCGAAUGCUCCUGGGAACGUGGUUUAUCCGUUUCCAAAGAAUAACGAUGGAGCUAUUGGUUUCUCGCUUCUACUGCUUAUACUUAGACUUAAACUGGCGCCUAAUCUUUCGUUGGUGAAUGAAUUGUAUAAAUUGUGUUACCAGCUUCGUUUGAAGGGAUCUAGUGGCGAAGAGGCUGAGAUUCAAAGGAACUUGAUUAGUCUUAGUUACGAGAUCAUUAUGGCGCUUAUGAUAACGAGAAACUUCUAUACGCUUUUAUCAUUUGUGGAGUCUUUGGAGGCUGGUGUUAAGGCUCGUGAAGAUUCAAGCUCUGAAGAGUAUUUGCAUUAUUCGUCUAAUGUUUCGUUGACUAUUGUAUUGGCGAAUAUGAUAAUACGCCAGAGUGAGGGAAUUGAUGAUUUUGAUGUGGCUGAAUUGCGCCAAAGGUUUGAAAACCUCGACCAAUUUACGCUUGAUUGCUUUGUUAAUGUUCUUCGGAAGUAUCUGCCCAUGGUGGGAGAAAGUGGUGGUCCUUCUGUGGGUUCAGAUGAGGAUGUCGACUACGAUAAACUUUUAGAAUUGGUAAAGCAAGGCAAACUCACAGGCCGUAUUGUAUGCUCUACAUUGGCAUCUUUUGAGCUAGGAAACAUGUACAGAGCUGAAUUCCAGGAGGUAGAUAAAGACAAGCGGUUGGCUGCAAAUCCAGCUCCUCAUACUGGAACUCGUUUUGAGAACGUCUACACCAAAGUCAUGUCUCAAUGGGGCAAUUACAUUGAAAAAGUAUACGGACUUGAGUAA